AUGACCUCAGUGAUUCUCAACCAGGAUGAUGCAACAGCAACUGCGGGAACCUACACCUACAGUAGCCGUCCCCGAGCAGUGCCCAACAGAAAGCAGUAUCGAGAACGCUAUGUAAAUAGUGUGCAACCAGAAGGACCAGUUCACUAUGGGAACCUCAUGUAUGAUCGAAGAGUGGUUCGAGGAAACACAUAUGCUAUGCAGAUGUUAUCUUGGAGUCCAGAACCUGAUCCUACUGAAAUCCAGAAGCGACAUGAAGCCCACAAGAAAAUGCUUGAACGGAAGCAAGCAAGGGAGGAGAGUGAGGUGCAUGCACCGGAAAUUGAGGAUCCUGGAAGUCGCAUCAAUGUACAGACAGAAUUGUACCUGGAAGAGAUUGCAGAUCGUGUUAUUGAAGUUGACAUGGAGUGUCAAACAGAUGCUUUCAUACAAAGGCCACCCAGCCCAUUGUUCACCCCAGAGAAGACUGGAGCUGAUGUAGCAACACAAAUCGAAGAAGGAGAGCUCUUUGACUUUGACAUUGAAGUUAAACCGAUGCUUGAGGUGUUGGUUGGGAAAACCUUGGAGCAAGCUUUGCUUGAAAUCAUGGAAGAAGAGGAAUUUGAUGAUCUUCGGGCACACCAAUGUGCCUAUCAAGAAUUUCGUAUUGCAGAGUUGGCUGAAGUGCAACGCCUCGAAGAACAAGACAGGCGUCACCGCGAGGAAAAGGAACGUCGCAAGGCACAGCGGUACAAAAGAAAAGAAAACCAAGCUAUGGUGUCAAAGAAAGUGGCAGCCCAGGGAUUUGCUCAACAGUAUCUGACAGAUCUGAUUCCUUCAGUCUUUUCUAACCUUCGGAAUAAAGGAUUUUUCUAUGAUGAAGUACAAAGUGAUAUUGAGAAAGGAUUCCUUCCCUAUGUGAUGGAUUGUGUAAGACAUGUAAUGGAGAAGAAGCUUCUAGGAAGAAUAAUGACCGAUUGUUUCAUUAAUGAGGUCACCAAAAACAGACUGGACACCUACAAUGAAUAUCAAAUAUCACAAAGCUCUUUGCUGCAUAACAUGGCUGAAUUCCACUCACCACAGGAUAUUUCCAUAUAUGACUUUAAAAAGUCUUCUGUUCUGAGAAGACCCAAAAUAGAACAGUAA